AUGGAGGGCUCUACUUGCGAUAACAGCACGAAGGCUUGGUCGCAUGCGUCUCUCGGGUCGCUCCCGCCCGAACUUUUAGAUCUCAUACUGGCGCAUCUUGACAUACGGGACAUCAAAACUCUACGCCUCUCCGUCCGCAGCCAUGAACAAUCCUACUUGCGUGUCCUGUACAGCUCCGCGUAUAUCUCCAUCCUCGACCGAGACGUGAAGAACCUUGUCGAGAUUGCGCGGCACCCAGCUCUCGCAGAGAAUGUCCGAGACAUUUACUGGAUAAUGUACCCUACCUCAAUACACGAAUUGUCCGACUGGCUUCGCACAUCGUGCAGCCCGCCCCUCUUUUACCAGAGGUCUUACGAGGUCGCAACGGAGCUGGCGAAUGCUACUAUGCUCAGUCCCGUCAGCCAGAAGCAUGGCCAGAGCAGGGCCCAUCCUUUCCGCUCACUUGCAGACGCCACGAGGGAAUUUCAGCCGACACUCAUCUCCUGCAUCCUGGCCAUGCCAAACGUCCAGUGUAUCUAUAUCAUCCCUCCCCCAAACGGGCAGCGGCUGAUGGGUGUUCCAGACAUUGACAAAACGCUGCUAACCCACACGGAAAUCGACUCCACGCCGGAGUGGCUGGAAGUACAAUAUGUCACCCGCCUGAGCCUCUUGCCCGCCAGCAACCUACUGCACAGCAGACAGGGCCUUGCGAGCCAUGGGAACCGCAGAACUCUGGCGCCGACGCCCCGAGGACAAGUCGGCCAGGUCAUACUGGGGACGGACAUCACCCUAGAGAUGUUUGGCCGAGUACCCGUACAUAGCCUCGCCAGCAUCGUGACGGCAUGCGUGAGCAUGGGGUCAGCAACGAGUACCAGUCUGGCGUGGUCCGUCCGCGGACUGCUACUUCUCCCUACCCUCAAGGUUCUGAGGUUCACAGGACAGCGCGUUUCCAGUCGGCAGGCCCCCAUGGCGCUAGAGGAGUGGGAUGCUGUGCUCCAGGCUUUCCUCACACCACGACCAGGAGCUCUCGGGCUGUCCGAACUGCAACUACACGGCGUCAUACCACCUCCAGAACAUCUCCACUUCAUAGUGAAACAGUGUUCCAGGACCAUUAGCAUGCUUUCUCUGUGCGCCGCUGACAUUACCAUCGGGCAUCUCCAGCACCUCGGAGGGCCUCAUGCCGACUCAGCCGCCCUGUUUGCGAUGCAACCCGUGACUGGCGCCUUCACGCGCGAAGCUAGCCAGCUGCUGACGACUCCGCCGUUGAAGGACUGGAUAUACCCGGCGACCGACGUGUAUGAAUUAAGGCUUGCAAACGUGGAGGAAGAGACAGCGAUAUAA